CCACUCUAGAAGCCACAAACAACGUUUCAAAAUUUAAAAAAAAGUGUUUUUUUUUUCUUGAGCAAACGAGGUGGAAAUUUCAGCGGCGUGGAUCAAGUUGUGAUUUUUUUAUUAAAAAUAAGUUAAUAAUUAUAAAAAUAUCACCAUGAAGGCGAAAGGAGAUUUGAAGGAGUACGAAGUCAUCGGACGUAAGCUACCGAACCCUAAAUUAUUGAAUCCACCUCUGUACAAAAUGAGAAUCUUCGCUCCGGACAGAAUCGUAGCCAAAUCCAGAUUUUGGUAUUUCUUAGGUCAAUUGAAGAAAGUAAAAAAGACCACCGGAGAAAUUGUCCAUUUGAAAGAGAUUCCUGAACCAUCGCCGACCAAGAUUAAGAAUUUCGGUAUCUGGUUGAGAUACGAUUCUCGUUCUGGUACUCACAACAUGUACCGUGAAUAUCGUGAUGUUACAGUAGCCGGCGCUGUUACUCAGUGUUACAGAGAUAUGGGAGCUCGUCACAGAGCAAGAGCACAUUCGAUACAGAUCAUCAGAGUUGAACCUGUCGCCGCUAAAAGCUGUCGUAGACCGCAUAUUAAGCAGUUCCACGAUUCUAAAAUUUUGUUCCCGUUACCUCAUCGUGUACAAGGAAAACGUCAUGCUUACAACACAUUCUCUAUCAGAAGACCGAAAGCCUGCUUUUUGUAAUUUUAACUAACUUGAUUAUUCAAAUUUUAUAUUGUUAAACGCAAUAAAAUCCAUUAGGAACUUGGA